AGAUAUCUACAUUUCAAUUGCAGAUAUCCGUAAUUCACAUAGUGGAUAUCUGCAACUGAAUUGUAGAUAUCCGUAAUGAUAAACCCCAUAGAAAUGAAUGGCAAAUGUGGUGUCAUUUGUCCUAGGAAGAAUGUCUUUGUGGGUAUCUGAAAUGACAAUUAUGGAUAGGAAUAAUUUAAUUGCGGAUAUCUGAAAUGUUCGUUUUGACUACUAGGCAAAACUGAAUUACAGAUAUCUGCAAUAGGCUACAUAUCCAGUCUAUCGGGUACAUGUUAAAAUGGCUUGCCAUACACAUGCCAGUCCAUAAUAUAACAUAAAAUCUUGGUGUGACCAUAGGAUUUUUGUUUUGCCAUAAUGAGACUUAAUCAGGAAAGUUCUCGUUUUGAUAUCGUGUUUUGUCCAUGCACUCCUUUUCAUUUUAUUACGGUAAAUGGAAGCAGAAGUUGAUUGGUUUUUACAUUGAAUGAACUUCCUGGUCCCUAGGACAGGGUUUCCGACACGUUUUCCAGGGAAGAAAUGCUUCGCUAAAGCAGUGUUGUAGUGUUGUUCAUGAUCGUAACAAAGAAGAAACCUCGUGAUAGUCGGCGGAACGAAUUCCUGUCAAUUCGCCUUAGUAACGUUAGUGUAAACAGCAGUCUUCUCUGGGUUGUAGUUUUCGCUGCAAACGCCACGUCUACUCGGACAUAGCCUAUCCUUAACGCUACCCACUGUAAGCUAAGUAUGGCAGCAGCAAAGAAACGGCCUUUUCUUGGAGGUGAAGAUAUGGAUGGCAAAAAAGUGAAAGGUGACCUUCGUGGAGGCAAACCACACAUUGCAGCACUAAUUCUUGCGAGAGGAGGCAGCAAAGGAAUACCGCUAAAAAACAUCAAAAUGCUCGCCGGCGUCCCACUCAUUGGUUGGGUUCUUCGAGCUGCAGUUGAUUCGGAAUUGUUUGGCAGCAUUUGGGUUUCCACUGACCAUGAAAAAAUUGAGAAAGUGGCGAGGGCAUGGGGAGCCCAGGUACAUCGCAGGAGUCCUGAGGUGUCCAGAGACUCAUCCAGCUCUUUGGAGACCAUUCAGGAGUUCGUUAGACUCAACCCAGGAGUCGACAUCAUCUGCAACAUCCAGGCUACAUCUCCUUGUCUGCAUCCUCAUCAUCUGAAGCAGGCACUGGCUAAGAUUACAGAGGAGGGAUUCGAGUCCGUCUUUUCUGUUGUCCGGCGACAUCACUUUCGCUGGAAAGAGGUCAAAAAAGGAGAAGGCAGUAGUACACUAGCGCUGAACCUGAACCCCAACAGACGGCUGCGAAGGCAAGACUGGGAUGGGGAGCUGUGUGAGAACGGCUCAUUUUACAUCACCUCCAGGGACCUAAUCGAGAAAGGCAUCCUACAGGGUGGUAAGGUUGCCUACUUUGAGAUGGGUGCAGAAUACAGUGUGGACAUUGAUGUUGACAUCGACUGGCCCGUGGCAGAGCAGCGAGUCCUCAGGUAUGGAUACUUUGGCAAGGACAAGCCUGAGGUGGUCCGGCUGCUGCUGUGUAACCUGUCCGGCUGCCUGACUGAUGGCCAGAUCUACGUGUCUGCAGAGGGCCUGGAGAUGGUGUCUCUCAAUACCAGAGACAGCAUGGGCAUUUGCAUGCUGCAAAAGGAAGGGGUGGAGGUAAUCGUCAUCUCUUCCAUUGAUAACCCAAUACCUAAGGUCAUGGUGGAGAAACUGUCCAAACAGAUCGGCUGUGAGAUCAGGCACAAUGUGGAGGACAAGCUGUCGGAGGUGGACAAACUAAGGAAGGAGCGUGAAUUGGUGUGGAAGGAAGUUGCCUAUAUGGGGAAUGACGAGCCUGACGUGCAGUGUCUGAACCUGUCAGGCCUGAGUGCAGUACCACAGGAUGCCACAUUGGUGUCGCGCAACGCCGCCAAGUACGCCUGCCACAGUGCAGCCGGGCGUGGAGCGCUCCGUGAGUUCGCCGAGCACAUCCUCCUGCUCAAGAAGAAGGCGAAAUCUCAGAUGGAACAAGACCGUAUUCCCCGGGACUAGAGAACCGUAUUCUACAGAAUGUCAAACACAAACGCUGUUUUGAAGUGCAGAGAAGAGGUUUCAAAUUCAGAAAGAUAAUACGUAGUUAAAGUCCAGAGAGAUGAUUUUGUUUCAUUUUCUAUGGAUUUAAAAAAAAAAAAAAAACUUUUUUCAUGAAGGUUUUGUGGGGAUGCCCAUAAUGGUUUGUCUGUUUGUCUUAGCUCUUUGGGAUUCAGAAUGUAAUUGUGCAAUAAUAAGCAUCACUGCUGUUCUACAUCCUCUACUCAUUUGUACCUUGUGUCAUGAUUUCUGUUUCUCACUAUAAUUUGAAUCAGCGAGAUAGUCCCUAAUAAGGGCCCAGAGUUUGUAAGUGCAGUGUUACUCGGCCUUCCACCAAAUGGCCAGAGGUGAAUACUACAAAGCAAGGUUUGUAGUAAGGCAAGCAACUUCAUGAGUAACCGCUGAUCUCCAAACAACAUGCUUUUUUACAAACAAUAGGUGCUUAGUGCAGUGUUCUUUUAGAGAUCAACGGUUAUUCCCAAAGUUACCCGGGAUAACCCGUUUCCUUGCUGAAUAGUGCAACCUUCAGUUACUGGGUCAUACUUGUCUUGCCUGGCUUUCUGUGAGCAUGGCUUGAUAAGAAAGCUAAUAGUAAAAUGAUCACUAAAAGUCAGUCCAACAAUCUAUGGGGGGAUGCAACAGCAGCCAAAUGGCAGAGGGACAUAGGUCUACAUCACUGACACCUUAGACUUGGUUGAUAAACCAAACUAAACUGCCCUUUAUUAACUGAUUUUUUUAUUGGGCUUACAGUGUCACUUGAAUCAUGCAUGCACAAAUCAAUGUGAAGAAUGUCUGAAUGUCAAUCAUUAUUUUUUGUUACCACUUCAUCUGUGAAACGAUGCCAGAUGUAUUGGCUGAUGCACUGUCUUUAAAAAGUUGUCAUAGAACAGUGUUGAUUUUAGUUGAGUGGAUGGAUGUACUGAAUUUGAGGCUGUAGGGUCAACACAAAAACACACAGAAGAUGAUUAUGAUUGGUCAUGUUGGAUCAUGUGGAGUUUGUAGAAAAUAUUUAUGGGAAAAAUGGGCAAUCUAUAUAUUAAUAAUGUCUGUUCAAUAAACAUGUAUUUCUUUGAAUUUGA